AUGGAGAUUCCACCGCCUCGAGAGCCGACUUCGUACGAAGAAAUGGCUUCCCGAAAACUAAUUCUCCGUCGAGCGUGUUCUGUUGAAUCUCUUUUCAACUCCAUCCGCACCACAACGAACCUUUCAUUCUCCGACAAGCUUCGGCAAUUGCAUCAACUGCACCAAGCAGUCGGAGAUCCUGAAAAUCCGGAAUACGAAAAAUUCAAGGGGAUGGCUGAAGAGCCAGAAAGAAAGAUUCCCGUCGGAGAAUUCCGAAACCGCUACAUGUUUUUGAUGGACAACUUCAAAAUGAUGCCCUGCUUCCCGCUAAAAACCGGCACGACGAACUGGCAAAAAGCCCUGUCGAGUUUGAAUUACGUGGAUGAAAACCGUGUUCCUCAUGUUGCAGCAGAUGACAUUCCACAAGCGAAUGUUUUCAAAGAGCUCCCACGAUACCACUCACGCUAUAAUGUCCAUGUCUUCAGGAAAUUACGAAAAGAGCAUCCUUCGAACAUCAACAACUGCAUUUUUGAAGGGUUGGAGAGAAGAGUCAAUGAUGAUAAUUAUCUCAAAUGGAUUAAUGUUCGACAUCCUUUUUCUAGAGCCAAAGAAAGACUUUUCUCUGCUUGGCAUCAAAAAUUCGAUUCCAACUACGAAGGGUUUUGGUCGUACAAAAAGUACGUUCCUGGAAUCCGAACAUUUGAGGACGAAAAUUCUGUCGAAGACACUCGAUAUCUUGUCUCUUUCAAUGCAUUUUUAAAAUACAUCGUUCACGUGGCCUCCGAUUUAGACUUCAAUGAGCACUGGCAAUCCUAUGAUUGGUCAUGCAGUCCAUGCUCGAUGAACUAUCAUUUUGUUACCAAGCAAGAGUCUUCAGCCGCCGAUGCGUCCUUCAUCCUCCGCCAGAGAAAUCUCACCGACAUAACUUAUUUACCAGGAGCUUAUGACGAUCACACCGAAGCUUCGCCCAAAGAAAUCUUCAAUGCACACGGGAUCAGCAACGAGAUUGCCCUUCAACUUUACGCUAUUUACUACCCUGACUUCAUUAUGUAUAAUUAUUCGAUUGAUGAGUUCCUGUAA